UCACUGGAGUUCCUCGCCUACAAAAACAGUCUCCUCUCGGCCACCGUACUUAUCACAAUACAAUCCUACAAUUCAUGAUAGCUUGUGAUCUGUAAUCUUAUAUCUUUGCUCUACUUCAAGUGUUUGAAGAUGGACGAUGAAUGGGAAGAAGAGGAGCAGCUUGUUGUGGUGGAACUCUCUGGAAUAAUCAACAAUGACUUUCUGUCCAAGUGUCAAAGCACUUGUAAGAUACUGGAUGUAGACAGUGAAAGGCCCAUGAUGCAAGUUGGACAGUAUGUAUUUGCAGGGGAAUAUGAAGACACUUUGGGAACUUGUGUACUUUUUGAAGAGGAACCAAAAAAAGGAAAAGCAACCAGCAGUCCUGGCCUCAAAUACAUGUGCAACACAGUUAAGAAGCUGCGGAUGCAGCGAAUCUUCCUCACUGAGAAAAAGGAGGGUAACGUGGUUACAGCAGAAGGUCAUGAUGACAAAACACAAGACUCAACCUGUUUGUCUAAUCAAGCUGAGGAAGACGACACACAUAACAAGAUAGAAGAAAGUCGGAACAACACAGAUUUGGAGGACUCUGCAAUGGGCUGAGAUGGACAUUUUAUAUUGUGCCUCCCUUAGAGAGGAUAAGGAAUCUGCUUCGGACGCACAUUUAAGGACUUGGUUUAUAUGUUUAUACACUUGUACAGCAAAACAGAAGUUGUUUUUCUUUUAAAUUGAAAAUCUGUUACAAAUUUUUGAGGAAGAUACUUUUAUGCCUCCUCUACUUUGAGCCUUCUUUUUUUCACUUAACGCAUAACAGAAAAACUUUAAAGAUCUCUAAAAGGAAAUCAGCUGCAGAAGACAUUGAACUACAGUUUUUGCUGAAUAUCUAAAAGAGAAAUUCUCAAAUACACCGGCUAAAUCCUGAAUUUGUUUCAUUUAAAUUUAUAUGUACUGGUAUAUAUUUACAUUUUGCUGUUUUGAUCAAGUUUCAGUGCUUUUGAUGCCCACAUCUAAUGCAGGCUUCCGAAACGCCAAGUAUCUUUUGCACCAUAAUUAAUUGACUCAUUGUACAAUAUAAAAUAGGAUAUCUAUUUCAAUACAAGUCUACCAUUAACUCCAUGUGAUAUAAUACGUUAAAUUGAUGCUCCCAUAUUGUUUGGCUAUUUGCUUUUACCUAUGAAAGCAUAGUAUAUAUAUUAAGGUUACUUCAGGGUAGAUGAUUGUGUCCAAAAAUGCAUUUUUAGUGUCAGUUAUAAUCAAUGUUUCCUAAGAAUGAGUUGUAUAUUUUGUCAUUUGUUUUUUUUUUCACCAUCAAUUGACCAAUGAAAGAAAAACAUCAAAA